AUGGAGAUUUUAAUAUCAGAGCCAGCAGAACAUUGCAGCAGAUGUCUAACGAUAGUCAGGAAGAUGGACAGCUGCCCGAGGAUUGCUCUUACAGAGAUAGGAGAGGACCCAGCUGGAGCUUUACUGAAUCUUGUAUUUAUGUUUGCCUCCAUGUUUCCAUUCAUUGCUGUUUUAGUCAUCGUGGUCAUCGCAUUUAAGAAUCACCUGGCAGAGAGACUUUUCAUACCGCUGGGCAUCAUCUCUGUAUUAUUUUGCGAAAUAGUGCUCAAAUAUACAAUAAAGCAGAAUAGGCCAGAAGGAGCCUGAUCUAAGAGCUAUGGGAUGCCUUCAGGCCACAGUAGUUUCUCAGUCUGCUUUAUUAUAUGGUCAGCAUAUGCGUAUUAUAUGAAUCUCAAGAAGGCUUGGCUACCUAUAUUUUUCCUGGUCGCUGGUAUCAUAGUAAUCAUCAGUAGAGUGUACCUAGGAUACCACACUCUGCUUCAAGUCUCCAUGGGUUCUACAGUUGGGCUAUUUCUAAGUACAACUUAUUUCUACAUGAUUCAUUAUAAGACGAAGUUGAUGAAGAGAUCUCGAGAGAUCCAUCUUGAAGAAGGAAUCAGUCUAGUAAAAGAAUCAGAAAUCGAUAACUAUCACCUCUUGUCCAAUGAAGCAGGUUAUGAAAUGAAAAAGUUCCUGUAGAGCAUUCAAAUAGAGUUGAUAGUACAUUUACCAAUUUCAAC